GGACACUCCUUUAAAGAAAAACCGGAAACUCGGUGAUGAGGAAGAAGUUAGCGAGCUAGCUCCCAACAGCCAAUUCUUUAUAAAAAUUAAAAAAAAGUUUUACACUCGUCGUAAUUUAAGACUACAGUCCCUCAAAUUCCUAACAAUGUCGGGAUCAUCCAGCAUCGCAGCGAUGAAGAAAAUCGUCCAACAGUUACGCCUCGAAGCCGGCAUACACAGAGUGAAGGUGUCCCAGGCCGCAGCGGACCUGCAGCAGUUUUGCCUCCAGAACGCCCAGCAGGACCCUCUGCUCACCGGCAUGUCCUCCAGCAACAACCCGUUCAGACCGCAGAAAGUCUGCUCCUUCCUAUAGCACCGACCGACCGACCGACCCCCCUCCCCUCUCUCCCUCUCUCUCUUUCUGUUUUGGACUUGGUGGUGCCUUGUUGAAGUUGGCUGCAGGACCUGCGCUGUGGACUGGAAUCGUCUCAGGAGUCUUUGGAAUUUAGGGACAAGCAACUAACUUAAAAGUUUAUUAUUUUUAGUUGUUUUUUUUUUUUUAAACUUUUGCCUUUGUAAAAAUUCACACAAACAUUUCCAGGUGCUCAUGUAGAACGAUAAAUUUCUUAACCUUCUUGCUUAGAAGUACCACACACACACACACACACACACACACACACACACACACACACACACACACACACACACACACACACACACACACACACACACACACACACACACACACACACACACGUGCCUUUUGAAUUGUAAAUUUUUCAUUCCUGAUUUUGAGAAUAAAUAAAUGGUAUUUCCACA